AAAGUUCGAGGCCGCGCUGCUCAUGUUCGCGAAGUCUACAGCAAGACAGCGAAGAUGAAGAUCAAAGCCCUCAGCCGGUCGACAUCGUCGGCGCAGGCCCCCGGAUCAAAUGUCGCGAAGAUCACGCGCAAUCUCGACCCCAACCAGCAUCCCUUCGAACGCGCACGCGAGUACACGAGGGCCCUCAAUGCGACCAAGAUCGAGCGCAUGUUUGCGCAGCCCUUCCUCGGAGACUUCGAGCCUGGCCAUGUGGACGGUGUCUACUCCUUCGCCAAGGAUCCCAAUUCGCUUGAGCGUUUCGCCAGUGGCAGUGGUGACGGCGUCGUGAAAGUAUGGGACUUUACGAGCAGGGAAGAGAAGUGGCAGGCGCAGGCGCACGAGAACAUGGUGAAGGGCAUGUGCUGGACGCGCGAUAAGCGUCUUAUCACCUGUGGUGCAGACAAGCAGAUACAAAUGUUCGAGCCGUACGCUCAACCCUCCAAGUCGCCGCCGAAGGCUACAUGGCACGGAAACGCCGCCUUUACAUCUGUCACGCAUCACCGCUCGCUACCUUCCUUCGCCGCCGCCUCGAAUGUUGUCUCUAUAUAUGACACCGCUCGUACCUCAGGUGCACCUGUGCAGAACCUGGUUUGGCCCUCAGCUAUCGACACAAUCAACUAUGUCAGCUUCAACCAAGUUGAGACAUCGAUUCUGGCAUCGUGCGCAACUGAUCGUGCUAUCGUCCUGUAUGAUAUGCGCACAAGUUCUCCACUCCACCGGACUGUCCUCAACUUUGCCUCCAACUGCAUUUCUUGGAAUCCCAUGGAGGCGUACAACUUCGCCGUUGCAAACGAAGACCAUAACUGCUAUAUCUUUGACAUGCGAAACAUGAAGCGUGCGCUUCAGGUCCUGAAGGGUCACGUUGCUGCCGUCAUGAGCGUCGAAUUCAGCCCAACCGGAGAGGAGCUCGUGACUGGCUCCUACGAUCGAUCGGUCCGGUUGUGGGAGCGCCAGAAGGGACACGCCCGCGACGUCUACCACACCAAGCGCAUGCAGCGAGUUUUCUCUGUUGCUUGGUCGCCGGAUAACAACUACGUACUCAGUGGUUCAGAUGACGGCAACGUGCGCCUAUGGCGAGCCAAGGCCUCUGCCAGACAGGGUGUAAAAUCUUUCGCUCUACAACAGAAGCUACAGUAUGAUGAGGCUCUUAAAGAGCGAUACAAGCACAUGCCCGAGAUUGCGCGCAUCAACAGGCACAGACAUAUACCCAAGGCAGUCAAGAAGGCCGGUGAGAUCAAGAGUGAGGAGCUCAAGGCGAUCAAGAGGAAGGAAGAAAAUGAGAGGAGACAUACUAAGAAGGGCCAAGUUAGACGUAAGGCUGAACGAGAGAAGAUGGUGCUCGCGAAGGAGCAAUAAAAGCAAUGGUGUCAAAAGCAUAGCGAUGGCGUUUUGGGUCAAUAUUCGUUGCAUUUGCAAGCAUGAAUGGGAUAGGGUAAAUGUCGCUAUGGUUGUUUGACGGUACCUCAGGUCUAGUGUACCCAAUCAAGCAUCACAACACGCUUCUCGCGCC